CAACAUGGAUGGAGGAGAAGGUAGUGCUGAGCUAGUGAUCAACAAGAGGUUCGUGUCGGAGGCGGAGCUCGAAGAGCGACGCAAGCGGAGACAGGAGGAAUGGGAGAAGGUUCGGAAACCCGAAGACCCAGAAGAAUGUCCCGAGGAAGUGUAUGACCCCCGAUCGCUCUAUGAAAGACUCCAAGAGCAGAAAGACAAGAAGCAGCAGGAAUUUGAAGAACAGUUCAAGUUUAAAAACAUGGUCAGAGGCCUAGACGAAGACGAGACCAAGUUCCUCGAUGAGGUUUCACGGCAGCAAACGCUGAUAGAAAAGCAGCGUCGAGAGGAAGACCUAAAAGAGCUCAGCGAGUACAGAAGUACUUUGGCCAAAGUGGGGGUCAGUGCUGACCUGAAGAAGGAGGCGGAGAAGAAGCUGUCAGUGAAAUCCGUAGAAGGCAAGAGCAAGUUCUCUCAGGCAAAGCUAUUGGCAGGAGCUGUGAAACAUAGAAGUUCCGAUGGUGCCAACAGUGUGAAGAGACUGAAGCUUGACCCAGAUCCUGACCAUGACAAGGCUCCAGAAGCUCCGUCUUGCAUUCCUCUGGGCAGCAGCAGCUCCAUGAGUGUCUCCGCCCUCCACUGCCCCUCGGCGGCCGUCUGCAUUGGGAUCCUGCCCGGCCUGGGAGCCUACUCUGGAAGCAGUGACUCCGAGUCCAGCUCAGACAGCGAAGGCACCAUCAACUCCACUGGCAAGAUCGUCUCCUCUGUCUUUCGCGGCAGCAAUUUCUUCGACAACCCGCUGUAGGAUUCAUCUCAAUCCCUUAGGUGCUUGGGUGGGACUUGUUAAAACAAAUGCUUUCUUUGUCAUCCAGUCAUCUUCCAAGCAUACUACUUUUCUCCUGUCUGUUCUUCCUCCCAAUACCAAAAUAAUGUACUGAAGCUGU